CAAAGUGAGGGGGAGUGGUUACAUUACAUAGACCAAUAUAAAAGAAAAAGAAUCCAACAGUACGGAGUCUUUUGAGUGUCUUUUGAGAUUAAAACGUCCCAAUUCGCUUUAAUUUUAUUCAAAUGCUUGUAGAAUGAUUAAAGUUAUGUGCCUGUUUAAAAUUUAAAUUAAAUUUUGUAAAGAUAUAAAUGUAAAUUGAGAAUUUAAAUAAAACAAUUUUAGAGUUAAAAUAGAAUUUUCAAAAUUCUUUUCUGUUGGGCUGUUCCUCUCGAGGUUCCACGUUAUCACUUGUGGGACCUUUAUCUAUCACUAUUUCUCUCUUUUGGUCUCUGUUUCGUUCGGGGCUGUGACGCCACAAAGCCCUCAGCGCAAAUUUUUGAUCUUCAGCUUUGAUUUUAAAACCGGCCGCCUACCUGACGUCUACUAUCCUUGAGAACGUAAUUGUUUCCUAUCAGCUGUCAAGGUUAUGUAUAUCUUAAUCGCCUAAAAGAGGAUGUAUGGUUGUAUGCUAGGGCGGAACCACACGCCAUCCUUAUCUAUUUUGAUUAUAGCUUUGAUAAUAUCAAAUUUUCUUGGUUAUACCUAUGUUUUUGAGCAGGAUUUUUGUUACAGCUAUCAGAUUAAAAAAAGCAACUUUGUGCUUAUUCAAUGCUAACAUUUGUAUUCAGCUCAGUUGUCGACACAAAGCCGUCAAAACAAAUGUUUAUUUGAGCAACACCUUACUAUCCUAAACUGUCAAAUGAACACCCUGUUUAUUUUUGCUAUUCGACCUAAAUCAACAUUUUGACUUACGGAAGGUAAAAUGGUGGCAACGUGUUGUAGCCAGUUAGUGAUUGAUUCUAGUAAGUUAAGGAUAAAACUAAAGCAAUUAAUAAAUAAACCAAAAGUACAAUUAUUAUUAUUAUGGCCUGUAUAUACAGACCACCUUUAAUAUAGAUAAAUUAUAAAUAGAAACAGAAGUAUUGAUUUUUAUUACGCAUAGUUAACGCGUAGUUAAUGCGUAGUUAACGCAUAAGAACAUUGUUCUUCUAUUUGAGUGUGUUCAUUGCUUGUGUCAUAUAUUAUUCAAGUCGUUAUAUGAGAAUUAUAAAACAAUUUCUUUUAAUCUUUGGAAAUAAACAUUUUUCGAAAAUGCUCGCAUUUUUUGCGAAAUUGGGCAAUCUAGAAGACCGUCUGGGAGUGACUAAAUAUGACCAGCACGGCUUGCAUUCUUCUACACGAAAAGCAUUGUUGACUGGCAGAAUACUAGGGUUGUUACCUUUAUGUGGACUUAGCAAUUCUGAUAGCAGCCAACUGAGAUUCACUCUACUUUCACCGUACACUAUUCUAUAUGUCGCAAGUUUAGCCGGUCAAAUUAUAAUGUGUUUUACUAGUAUAUAUUGGCUCAUGAAAAAUAAAGCCACUUUGACUAAUGUCACAAACUCCCUCUUUUACAGUCUAAGUUUAAUUUCAAUAUUGAUAUUAACAAAUAUUGGCCGUACCUGGCCCAAGCUGAUGGCCAAGGUGGAAGAGAUUGAGAAAACUCUGCCACCGUUCAAGAGAAAUAUACCGUUUUUCUGUAACAUCACCAUGAGUUUGAUGCUUAUUUCUGGUUUAAUUGAACAUAUUCUAUCUGUAAUAUAUGGAUAUACAGUAGCUAAGUCAUGUCAGUCGACAAAUGUCACUGAGAUGUUUUUCCACUUCGACAAACCCUGGAUCUUCAACUAUACGAAUUAUACAUUGUGGAAAGGAGUUUUAGUAGAAAUAUUCAACAUGCAAGCAACCUUCACGUGGACGUAUAAUGAUAUCCUUAUUAUGGUCAUCAGCAUCUACUUGGCUGAACACUUUGUGAUGCAUAACGAACUGUUGAAAAUAGCUUCAAAACAGGAGCAUUUUUCAUGUGAUGAAUUCCGCAUCCAGUACCUUCAGAUAGUGCGAUUGGUGAAGCUGAUAAAUAAUCAAGUCGGAAUUUAUAUCCUGGCGUGCUUCGGCAGUAAUCUUUACUGGAUUUGCACGCAACUAUUUUACAGUUUGAACAAGAACCAAACUGGACAUUUCAUAGCGUGUACUCCGAAAAAUUUGGAAGUUCCGGAGUAUAAGUCCGUAUAUAGCAUUGAACAUAUAGUUUACUUCACGUAUUCGUUCUCAUUUCUGAUGGCUCGCACCCUACUCGUCCUAAUGCUGGCUGCCAGGGUGCACUCAACUUCAAUAGUUCCACUUAGCUUUUUGUAUGAAAUACCUACUGACAAGUUUAAUGUGGAGAUAGAAAGAUACAUAUCCCAUAUUAACAAUAUAAAGGUUGCUCUGACAGGACUUGAUUUCUUCUACGUAACACGUACAAUGAUUUUGACUCUUCUAAGGACGAUCGUUACUUACGAACUGGUCUUACUGCAAUUCAACAAAUAAAUUAUCACAAUUAUAUUCUACCAGCUGCCUCUCUUCAACGGAAAUCGUAAAAGUCAAUCAAGGGCUGUUUAUAAGAAAUAUAUUAGCAACCUGUCACUAUUAUAUCUAAUAAAUAAAUAAAGAAUUAGGACAAAUCACAUUGAUUGAGCUAUCCCCAAGGUACGUAAGCUAGAGACUUGUGUUAUGGGAUACUAACUUACCGAUACUAUAUUUUAUAACAAAUAUAUAGAUAAACAUCCAAGACCCGGGCCAAUCAGAAAAAGAUCUUUUUCCCUCAUGACCCGACCGGGGAUCGAACCCGGGACCUCUCGGUUCAGAGGCAAGCACUUUACCGCUGCACCAAUUCCAAAGCACGCUAUAUUAAAAACAUGGCCCUUGAGUUAGGAGACUUAUGUCUGUAUACUCUGUAAAGGAAACGGCGUGAUAAGAAAAAAAAUUAAAAUACUUAUACUUAGGCUUACAUUGUGGUAAUAACAUAGUGGCUGAAGUCUCCUUUUAAGCAUACAAUACCUGUGUUAAGAAACUCCGUUCUUUCACGGGUACAUUAAGUUUAUAGGUAAUUAAACUAGAUUAAAAAUAUGAAUAUUCUAAACUAUUAUUGCACUGAUCAUGUUAUGAAUACAGUAUGAUUAAAAUAAACUGUAAUUCGUGUUCUGCGAAGCUACUAUUUGAAAUAUUAGAAAAUAUUUAGCUUUUGUCUUGAGAAUUCUGUUUUACAUAUAUUUACAAGACAAGCACCUCUUAUUCGGCACGAUUAGGGUCAAAGUUCCGUGCAAUGUAUCACUAGUUAUAAUAAUAUAUUGGUAUAAUCCUG